AUGCAGCUGCCUAGAUCAUUUGUCAAAAACUUCAAGCAUCCAAUUUUCGCUUCAAUGGAUAUUCAUUUCCUUAUUUCCCUCUCUAAUUUCUGUUUCCUGUUGUCCUUCUUCUUGUUCCUGGUAGCUAACCGUUACAAGAAAUCUAGAGCUCAAAAUUUGCCACCAGGGCCAUGGAAACUUCCUAUUUUAGGAAAUUUGCACCUGCUGAUAGGUUCCCUACCACACCAUGCAUUCAAAAACCUAGCAGAAAAAUAUGGCCCGCUGAUGCACAUAAAGCUUGGAGAAGUAUCAGCAAUCGUGGUUUCAUCUCCUCGUAUAGCAAAAGAAAUCAUGAAAACAAAUGAUGUCGCGUUUUCAGAUAGGGCGGAGCUUAUGAUAGCCAAAAUCCUGUUACACAACUGUUCAGACAUUGCAUCCGCUCCACACGGUGAAUACUGGAGACAGAUGCGUAAAUUAUGCAUUUCAGAAUUCCUGUGCAGUAAGAAAGUUCGAUCAUUUCACACUCUUAUGGAAAACGAAGUUUCCAAGCUGAUUCUGUCCAUAAGGUCCUCAGCGGGGCUACAAAUAAAUCUAACUGAACAUAUUUUAGCCGUGGAAAGUGGCAUAAUUUGCAUGGCAACAGUGGGGAGAAUUUGUAAGGACCAAAAUUCUAUAAUAAUGACUAUAAAAGAAGCUGUAUCAAUUGCAGGAUUUUUCAAUGUUGCGGAUAUUUUUCCAUCGAUGAAGUUCCUCCAUUUUCUUUGUGGAUCUGAAAGAAAAUUGAAUAGGAUGCAAAGAAGGACUGAUGCAAUUUUGGAAGACAUUAUCCAACAGCACCAAGAGAGAAAAGGGCAAAGUAAAAGUUCAGAAUCAAUGGAAGAAGAUAUAUUGGACAUUUUCUUAAGGAUCAGUGCGAACAAGGCCCUUCCUGUUCCCAUCACCAGGAACAACAUUAAAGCAAACAUUUUGGAAAUGUUUAUUGCUGGAAUUGAAACUUCAUCUUUAGUCAUCGAAUGGGCAAUGUCUGAACUGAUGAAGAAUCCAGGAGCAAUGGAGAAGGCACAGGCGGAAGUAAGACGCUCAUUUGAUGGAAAAGAAAGAAUUUUAGAUAGUGACAUUAAGGAAUUGAAAUAUCUAAAAAUGAUCAUCAAAGAAACAUUAAGAUUACACCCUCCAGGUCCCCUAUUAUGCCCUAGAAUGUGCAGGGAACAAUGCAAGCUUGAUGGUUAUGAUAUUCCUGCGAAAACAAUAGUAAUGACUAAUGUUUGGGCAAUGGCAAGGAAUCCUGAGUAUUGGAAUGAUCCAGAAAAGUUUGAACCAGAGAGAUUCAGCAAUGUUCCCAUUGAUUUUAAUGGGAAUCAUUAUGCGUUCAUACCAUUUGGCGCGGGAAGGAGGAUGUGUCCCGGCAUUGGCUUUGGAUUAGCAAGCGUUGAGAUUUCACUGUCACAACUAUUGUACCAUUUUGAUUGGAAAAUUCCUGGGGGAAUUUCUCCUGAAGAAUUUGAUAUGACUGAGAAUUUUGGGGCAUCAGGUGGAAGAAAAAAUCAUCUGUUCUUGAUACCCGUAUCCUAUUAUCCACUUCAUAGUUCAAAAUGAAUGUCAUGAUGCAGUUAUGUAACAUGAAAUAAUGGUCUAGUAUCAAGAAUUUCUUUCUAUAAAAGUUGAUCAAUUACUGAUCACUCUUUGUGUUUGCUUCAA